AUGGGGUGGUGAGGGCUUUUCGAGGAAUUGGAAGUGAAACUGUUCUGUUGAAUCUGCUCACUUAUGCUAGCUGCUAGAGAGAGAUACAGUAGUAUUCUUCAGGGUUGCAAAGGAUAUUGUUGUCCACGACGGGAAAUGUUCUGUGCUGUAUGUGUAAAUGUAAACUACCACUACUAGUAAAACACCGACUUUGUUUCUUGACAGCUAUGGACUCGGAACGGCAGAAGCGCAAGAACGAAAUACAGAAAGGACUUUCACUCAUGCGGCCAUCUUUGCCUCACCCAAAGCCCAACAGCAAUGAGGGCGUUUUGACCCAGCUUAUUUGCAACCUUCUGGAUGAGGGAAAUGUGUCAUUCAGGAAGGGGCAGUGGGACCAGGCCAUUACAAACUUUACGGAAGGGGUGAAUGUGGCUCAGUAUGCCCAGUCAAAGGACCUGGGCAUCCCUCCAGCCCUGUUGGAGAGCCUGUAUGUGAACCGGGCCAGCACCUAUCAUAGCAUGGACAAGUAUGAACGGUGCAUUCAGGACUGUGACCAUGCGCUGGCAGUGUGUGAGGGCAGUCGCAGGGCUCUGUACAGGAAGGCCCUAUGUCUUAAGGAGCUGGGACGAUACAGAGAGGCCUACAACUGCAGCAUUGGCUGCCUGCUCACGGCUCCUAACGACAAACAAGCCAACGAGCUGGCACGGGAACUGGCUAAUAGACUGGGCAUGAGGGUCCGCAAAGCCUAUGUUAGCUCCAAGGAGCCAGCUGCUACUGGAGGUGACAGUAAUGGUACCACAGGUCCUCAUGUGAAUAAGACUUCAGCCAAUAUAAUGGAUUCCUUGAGGGACAUCGCACCAAGUGGCUUCUCAGACACGCCUCCACCUGCCAGGAUACCAGGCCGUGAUGGUGACACCUCACUCCUUGCAGCUGGAUGUAUGAGUUCCAGCCGGUCUGUCGACAGCCUUGAUCAAGGCCCCCAAGGCCUUCUCCACUCAGGGCUCGAGGCCCCGGGAGACUUGGAUUUGAUAGGGGAUGAUCUAGACACCCUCCUGGACAGUUUUUCUAAUGAGCCAGAAGCAACUGAGGCUUCCUUUCCCACUGAGCCCUGCAUUUUCACAUCGCGCCCUGUUCAGACUUAUGGCCUGGCCCUCCCCGCGCCCUCUCCCAAGCUCCCCCCAGCAUUCUUCACCUCUGCUGUCAGCCAGCUCAACUCCCUGGACACCUUUCGCCCCAAAGAGGAGGACCCCAGCACAGCACCGAGUUCCCUGGAUUCCCUUGAUGGCCUGGAUGCCUUGGAUAGUUUCCCAGCUCGUGGAGGGGGUGGCGAUGGCAGUGCCCACCAACCAUCACUAAAUGCCCUGAUGGAAAUGAAUGCCCUGGAUGCUUUAGACAACCUGGCCCCCUUUCUAGGCAGUGGAGCUGAGGCUCCCCCCAGGGCAGCCACCGGAGAUGAAUUGAGCGACCUCGACCUCGAGGGACUUGACUUCUUGAAUGGCCCCGACAGCAUCCCUGUCCUGGGUGAUGAGGGCCCACCUGAACUGGCUGGGUAUCCCCUGAACGCACUGGAUUCUCUCGAUUCACUCGACACUUUCUCGCCACUAGAGGGCGCCUCUGCACUCACACUCACGUCCAAGGUAGUUGGCGGAGGCAGGCUGGUCUCCUCCUCUGGGGUCACUCAGUCUGGUGGUGGGAGGUCCGUCAGUGCGCCGCCUGCAUCGCGCUCGACCAAGUCGAACUAUACUAACAACCAUGGAAGCUCAGUCAUGUCCCGGCUAUACCAGAACCCUCUGGCCGCCACCCACAUAUUCCUACAGGGCUGCUUCACCUGUUACAUCAGCACAGGCCCAGGGAUCUUUGAUGUCCAGCACCAGCCAGACUUGGUCCAUAACUGUAGGCGGGACAUCCUGCUCUGCAGGAGCAGGGCUGAGUCUCUCUGGAUGAGAGUGAGGCCGAGGCCCAUCAAGAACCAGGUCUUCGGACACUAUGUCCUCUGCAAGGAGAUACUGCAGUCUGGCUUGAAGAAAGGCUGUAAGUUUGGGGAGGCCUGCAUGUUUGCCUUCUGCCAGCAGGAGAUUGAUGUGUGGACCCAGGAGAGGAGGGGAGCUCUGAACCGGGACCUGCUGUUCGGCCCGCCCGACACCAGCCCCGGAUCUGUCCCCACGAUCAAGCAUCUGCUGCAGCUCUACAAUGGCAUGUUCAUCUUCCUCUGUAAGGAGUGUUACGACAGUAAGCCCAGGAUCAUAAGUAAGCGCAGUGAAGAGGCCCCGAAUGUUUGCUCCAACCUUUCUGCUCCUCACCCGUUCGACGGCAACAAGUGCCUGGUCCACGCGGUGAGGUCCACCAGCGUGAGCUACAGUAAGAUCCGCCCCCUGCACGCCCUGUGCCAUCACGACGUGUGCCGCCAUGCCAUCCGCUACGGCUGCCAGCGGGAGGACGCCUGCCAGUUUGCCCACUCUGUCAUCGAGCUCAAGUGCUGGAUGCUGCAGAGAGACACAGGUAUCUCUCCUGAAGAAAUUGUGCUAGAGUCUACAAAACACUGGCAGAAACUGGAGCAGAAUGCACACAAGCAAAGAGGGAACAAACCUGAGAGCGUGCCACAACCUCGAGCAACAGGAGGCGCAAGAGGAGGAGGAAGUAAAGGUCUGAACAUGAGGAUGAAGUUUGUCUGUGGUCAGUGCUGGAAGGACGGUCUGGUCAGUGAGCCAGAUAAAGCCCUGAAGUAUUGCACAGCCAAAGCCAGGCACAGCUGGACAAAGGAGCGCCGGGUGCUGUUGGUGAUGUCCCUGGAGAGAAAGAAGUGGGCGAUGGUGCGCCCUCUUCCCUAUGCCAGAACCUUCCCCCAGCAAUACGAGAUAUGCGGCCACAUAGCGAAGCAGAGGAAAUGCACUUUUACUGGGAACUGCACCUACGCUCACAGUCUGGAUGAGAAGGAAGUGUGGACGUACAUGAAGAACCAUAACUUGAAAGAUAUGCAGCAGAUGUACGACAUGUGGAUGUCUCUGACCAGUCAGGACCGACAGCCCGAUGGUGCCUGGCUCUCCCAACCUCCCGCUUGCUCCGAGGAUAAGUACAUCGUCAUGCCAACCGACUUUGCUGAGCCAAUGAACGGCUUCCACUGCCGUCUCUGCGGGAGGCACAGUAACGGCGAGCGCCAGUGGCAGCAGCACAUCUCCUCCGAGAAGCACAAGGACCGAGUGUUCAGCUCCGAGGGCGAGGACGAGAGCCUGGCCUGGGCCUACCGCUUCCCCGGGCCCCGCUUCGCCCUGUGCCCCAGGCUGGAGAGCAUCUGUGAGGAUGGUGUGAGCUGCGACUACGCCCACAGCGAGGAGGAGCUGGUGGAGUGGAAGGAGAGGCGGGACUUCCUGCGUCGCAAGCUAGCCAAGGCCCGUGAGGACAUGCUCAUCAUGCCAAACGAGUUUGACUUUGGGAAAUACAACUUCCUCCUUCAGGGUUGAAACCCCUAUUUCCCUAUGUAGCGAUGCAUACUACAGUAUACACAAUAACAUACACAAACCACACAACAUCUCCACCCACAUACUCAUACCACAUACUCCAUGGAUUUUGCGGUACUCUCGCUUACUCUUCGUAUUUCUCUUCUGUCGAGCUACACAGACCCAUAAAUGGGCUAGAUUGACUGGCUUACUUUAGAGUAAAACGUCAGACUUAAACGUGUUUAAUUUGACCUGUUGAUAAACGUUUAGUCAAUUGAAAGUAUCUCUGUGCUGAGUAACUAGACCAGUGCUUUGAAGUCAUGUCUGUGUGCCUAAUUGUUCUGUUCAUAAUAUCUUUGCCGGAAUGGUGUUUGCAAUCUUCGUUUAACCUUAUGUCUGCACUUUGAGUUAACAGAAGGGGACCUUCCCAGUCAACCAGUGGUGCACUUCCAUGGAUUGGAUGUAGAAUUCUGAUGACUGAUGUCACCCUUUGAUGAGUUCUCUGCUCUAUAAUGUAUGGGUAACUGGGGUGCCUGCAUGGCAUCCUACUAUAUGGCAGGAGUGUAGGGCCUCUUUUAACUGGGGAAUGUUUGAAGCAUAGGACUGCAACUUCCAGAGGAUUUACCUCUGAAUGUGUAGUUGACCCAUAAAUGAUACCAAAUACGUAUGUUUUGCUUACAACACAGACAGAAAGAUGUAUUUUGUGCAUGGAGAAUAUUUACAUUUAUUCAUUUCAUUUAAUUUCAUAAUAUUGAAUGUAAGAAACUGCUUGUAGCACAACAUAAUCACAAAAUUGUGAAUGAGCAAAUUUAUAUAAUUUCAGAUUAACCACUUCUUUUAAACUUAAUGCACUAAAGUUGUGUACAUUUUUUGUUUAUCAAGUCAACCCUAUGUUCUUCUAGGGAGUCAUUCAGUGCCUUGAGAUCAAUGACAUGACUGUGGAAAACACAAAAAACAGUGUGGAAAGGUUCAGUAGCCUACACAUCAGUGGUGAUUAUGUGGAAGGGAUGUGUUUCCAGACAGUGUGUAUUGUAUUAUUUGAAAUAAUAUACAGGAAAAGCAGUAUGUACUGUAGGUUACUUUUACUUGUGAAUGACAGCUGUUUAUCAUUUAUUUUGUUACAGAAUAAACUUUUUUUUAAGAGG